CUUCCUUAGUAGUGAGGCUUUUUUCUCCCUUCCCGGUAAUACUUUAUCCCCUUUGGUCCCGGUGGCACAGACAAAUGUACGCCCGGCUCGGGUUGGAGUCAUGGCUGGCCUGAAGAAUCAGGAAUCCGAUAGGGAGGGGGUAAAUUAAUGUCACGGGCCAGGGUGGCACAAGUGCCGUGAGGCCUCACUGCCAAUCGCGAUCGGGAUGUCCCUCUGCGGGGUUAGUGGUAUUGCCGGGUUUCGAAGAGGUUUGGUUCGGUAUCGAUGGCCUCGUUUACGUACAAAGGCUGAUGGAGUGUUGCACCUGGCUAUCAUUUGUUUCAUGGCCAAUGUCCACCAUAAACAGGAUAUCCACGCCUAUCAUUUCCCGGGGUAUAAUCAUAUUGCAUAUGCAAGCCGGAGGACCCGACGUCGACUGCGGCGUGCAACCGAUGUUUCCGUCAAUGGGGAAAUUAUCCUGCCUGAUCUGGAAUCAUCAUAGCAUCAUCUGUGGCUCCCAUCUCCGCUUAAGUUCAUGGCGGACAUAUAUCGCUGGUCAGAUCCAGUCAAUGAGAAUCACUGAAAGUAUCGGUGUGAUCGAUUAAGUUUGACUCUUCUUCCUGAAGGGGGACAGCCACCAAGCUGCGUGGUCUCGGUCUGUUAGGCAAAACUCUACCGGAAGACUGAUAUUGG